CUGGCUUUUCAAGUAGAUGCAUCGAUUUUCAACCAUACAAAUAAACGCCUAUUUUACAAUUUACAAUGCAGUUGCAGUUCGCGGUCCUCGCCCUCUUGACGGCAUCUUUUGCGAUCGUUUUCGCUGCGAACUACUGUGAUGAAUCUUUGUGCGGCUCGAUAAAACAUAUAGCAUGCAAUAACGCAGGGAACUUCGCAUCUUCCUGCAAAGGUGCAGCCCUGUUUACACUUAACCAGGCAAACAAAAAUUUGAUCAUCAAUGCCCAUAAUACCAAACGUAAUUUGGUAGCUGGUGGCAACACUGCAUUAAAGCCGGCUUGCCGCAUGGCCACAAUGCAAUGGGACGACGAGUUGGCUUCCUUGGCAGCUUUGAACGUCAAGCAGUGCCAAAUGAAACACGAUGCCUGUCACAAUACGAAUGCCUUCAAAUAUUCUGGUCAGAAUCUGGCUUGGAUAAGCUUCUAUGGUACACCGAAUGUUGCAAACUUGUUGCAAAAAUCAAUCGAUUUGUGGUACAAUGAAGUUAAUGACGUCAAAAUGGCUUACAUAAAUAAAUAUCCGCGUAAUUAUCAAGGCCCGGUCAUUGGUCAUGUUACUGUCAUGGUAGCGGAACGGAAUAUUCGGGUAGGAUGCGCUGUCUCCACUUACGCUGUGUCGGCCAAGCCAUAUAAGGCAUUCCUGUUUGCAUGCAAUUAUGCAACAACAAAUGUGGUAAACUCCCCGAUAUAUACAAGUUGUGCGACGGCGGCUUCGGGUUGCAAAAAGAGCAAAAAUACAGCCUUCCCAAACCUCUGUUCGAAAGACGAAGAAUACACUGUGAAUAAAUGGGUUUGAAAUGUAAAAAGUACAUACAUACAUAUCGAUGGUUCUCUACAGUAAUGACACAAUUCAAAAUUAAAAAAACCCCUUACUCUUAAGUGUAUGUAUGUACAGUAGACUGCAUCACCAAAAAGUUGAGGUCUUUCCGCCGGGAUUAGAAAAUGUAUUUUAUUUUAAGACGUCCACUAAAAUAUUUCGGAAAAAUAUUAAGAUUUACGUGAGCUGGACCGAUUUAAAAAUACCUCAAAAAAUGGAUUUUUUUUUAUGAAUAUCUAGUUUCUUAAAGAACUUUUUGAAAAAAAUCCCCUCAGAUAACAAAGCAGAUUAAGCAUCAAAAAUCUGCAUAAAAAUAUUUAAAAAUCUUUUCAACGGAAUCGCCAUUAUGAGAUUUUUGAUGCUGUUUUUUUUUAUUGUUUUCAAAGAUUGAAAACUUGAAUAACUGGCCAAAACUUUUCUGAUUUAUACUUAUGGGAUCUCAGUAGAAAGGUAUUUUACCACUAUUUUUAUUUCUGCCAAAAAAAAGUCAUUCUUGUCCCAAUUUUUUAUUUUUUUUUUCAAAUACCAACACAUCUUAAUUGAACGUUUAAUGACGUUCGUUUAUCCUACCUUUCUCGUUCAUCCUUUGAAAGAGUUUAUUAGCAUAAAG